AUGGAAGCCAUAAGUGAGAUGAAUGUGGAAGUCGAGCCAAUGAUUCAAUCCCCAACAAAACUUGAUGAUGUUCAUGAAAAAGAAAGUGGUGAAAUGAAAGAUGAGAUGAUUUCCACUGUGAACCAGCUGAAUCCACAUGCCAGAAAGUUCUACCCGGAAAAACAUUUUUCUUCAAAAAAACUUAGCAAUCUGGCUAAUGCGGUUCCUUUUUACCCUUUGAAUUAUGGAAGGGCCAAUGGACGUGAAGAUGAAAGGAUUCUUCUCAAAAAUGAAGAAAUCAUCAAGAAAACUAUUUAUGUUGGCAAUCUUGAUCCCAAUAUCAUUGGAAACAAAGUGGCUGACUUUUUUCGUGAGAAAUGUGGUGAGGUUACUCAAUAUCGCAUUUGCAGCAAGGGAGAUUCAGACCUUCGUUUCGCUUUCUUUGAGUUCAUUAACGAAGAAGCUGCAAAAAAGGCUUUGUCCUUUACUGGAAAGGUAUUUGGUUCCAAUUCAAUUAAGGUUCGACCUUCAAGGACUGCUAUUCUUACUGCGAAUCCCAUAAAUUCAUCAAUGUCUAAACUGGAAUUGGAUAUCUGUGCUAGGACAAUCUAUUGUUACAAUAUUGACAAACAGGUUUCCUAUACUCAGCUUAAGAACUUCUUCCAGAGAAACAUUGGAGUGGUUUCACGCAUGAGGCUUUUGGGUGAUACUUUUCAACCAACAACUCAAACUGCUUUUGUGGAGUUUGUUAAUGUUAAGGAUGCUGAUUUGGCUCUUGGCUGCAGUGGACGGGUUUUGGGAAGCCUAUGCAUAAGGGUAUGUUCUUCAAGGUCUCCCCUUUGCUUAAGAUCAAUGUAA